CCCCCCUGACUUCACUUCAGUUUAGAGCUACCCGUAACAGCAGUUUAUGUUUCUACUUUCAUUUCAUAAAUCUUGCUUUUCGACCUCAUAUCACCAAUAGAACGUGCAUAUCUUACAAUUCAAUCAUGGCAGAUCGUCUUACGCAGUUGCAAGAUACCAUAAACCAGCAAGCUGAGCAUUUCUGCAACAGCAUAGGCAUAUUGCAGCAGUUUUCAACACCUAGUAAGUUCCCUGGUUUCGACCGCAGCGGUUCGCAGACGCCGCAACAGCAACAAAACCAGGAGGACUAUGCUAUGCUAUUUGCUACGUUGAUAUCACGAUGUGCCAAAGAUAUUGAUACGCUGAUUGAGUCGUUGCCAAGCGAGGAGAGCUCGACUGAGCUUCAGGUGCAAAGCUUGAGGCGUUUGGAGGCUGAAAAUAAAGAGGCUGCUGAACAACUCGAGGAGGUGGUUCGCCAAGGAGAGAUCCUUCUGGAGAAGAUCCAAGGAGCGCUAAGUGACAUUGCUCAAUGUCAACUAGACAUGCAGAACCCAGCGCUGAUCCUCAACAAGGAUGUAAAGCCUCAGUUAUAGGGUUCAAGUAAAUACGGUGGUUGUUACCGUCAGUGAUGAUCUGAUAUGGACAAAUAGUUAUACCAUUAUGAGUUUUAUGGUUUCUGUUUGAUGAUUAACAG